UUAGGGCUCUUGGGAUUAUGGAUACCUCCAUCGGGGCCGGGGAGACGAUCGUCUCCUUCGGCAGGCAUGCCGGCAAGCCGCUCCGAUCGCUGUCCGGCAGCUACCUCUCCUGGAUCGCCGGGUUCAAGCGUCUCCAGGUAGAGAAUCUCCUCGUGUGGGCAAAACUUGCGGAGGAGGUUCUCGACGAGCGCAAGAGGAGCGUCGGCCUCAUGGAUUUCUCGGCGCUGAUACGGAAAUGCGGGAUCUCCAGGGACCUGGAGGCGAGCAAGCGGAUCCACGCGAGGGUCCUAGGCAGCGAUCACAGCGGCAGCACGCUCAUCGGCAAUCUCCUUGUCCAGAUGUAUGGGAAAUGCGGCGCUCCGGAUCUUGCCAGGGAGGCUUUCGAGGCGAUCGAUGCCAAGAACAGCUUCUCGUGGACGAUGAUGAUCAUGGCUUACACCCAGAACGGGCAAAUGCGCGAGGCGCUGAAUUUCUACCGAGCGAUGGACACCGCCAAGGUAAGACCGACUAGUUUCUUCUUCUCGGGGGUCCUCGCGGCUUGUUUGGAGCCGGGGGAUCUCCCUACCGGGAUGAGAAUCCAUUCUCACAUCGUGGAUUGUGGCUGUGGAUCAGAUAUCGUGGUGGCAACUGCGCUGAUUGGAAUGUACUCGAGGUGUGGCAGCGUGGAUCGAGCAAGAGAAGUUUUCGACAGGAUGAGCUACAGGGAUACAGUGGCUUGGACUGCCAUGAUCGCAGCGUAUGCCCACACUGGGCAUCCCCGGCAAGCGAUCGAGCUUUUCAAGGCCAUGGACGUAGCGCCAAACGCUUUCACGGUGUCGUGUGUUCUUGGAGCUUGCUCGGACCUGGGAGCUGUGGAGGAGGGGAGAUUGUUCUACAAGAGGGUGGUGUCCGAGGGGCUGGAAGCCACGACUCCAGUGCUUAACUCGCUGCUCGACAUGCUUUCCAAGUGUGGGAGAUUGGACGAGGCCAGGGAGGUGUUUAGCAGCAUGGGAGUGAGGAGAGACGUGAUCUCUUGGAGCUCCAUGAUAGCAGCGCUCGUCCGGCACGAGAGCUUCAAGGAGGCGCUGGAGUUUUACAGGCGGAUGGAUCUGGAAGGAGUGAGGCCGGACUUGUUCGUGUUUGCCAGCGUCUUGGACGCUUGCUCGAGGCUCGGGGGCUUGGAGCAGGGAAAGGCUGUGCACGAGAGGCUGAGAGCUGGAGGCAGUGAGCUCGACGUGGUUGUGAGCAGCGCCCUCGUCAACAUGUACGCCAAGUGCAAGAGCCUCAGGGAAGCGAAGCAAGUCUUUGACAGGAUCUCCAACAAGGACGUGGUUGCCUGGACUACGAUGAUCGUGGCCUUCUCCCAAGAUGGUCAUUCGUCCGAGGCUCUGGAGCUCUACGAACAGAUGGUUGCUAGAGUGGAGAAGCCGGACGCGUACGUAUAUGCGAGCGUUCUCCGCGCAUGCUCGAGCGUGGGAUCUCUCUCGAAGGGCCGGGAGAUUCACGCUCGGAUUCUAUCCGAGAAGAUGGAGCUGGACUUUGUGAUUAAAAACUCUCUGCUCAACAUGUACCUCAAGUGUGCCAAUCUGGAGGAAGUGAGGCGGAUGUUCGACUUGACACCUCAAAAGGACACGAUCCUAGUGACAAUGAUGAUCUCGGCGUAUGCUCAAGGUGGCCAUCCGCAGAAGGCGCUCGACCUUUAUCACGAGAUGGAGACUUCGGACGUGAGACCGGAUGGCUUUACGUACGCUAGCGUGAUAAACGCAUGCACAGGCAUGGGAGCCCUGGCAGACGGAAUGGUGGUUCACAGGGAAAUCGUCCGAGAUGGUUUUGACGGAGACCCGGUCGUCCAGAACUCGCUGGUAGACAUGUACAGCAAGUGUGGAAGCCUUGGAGAAGCUAGAGCGGUGUUUGACGAGAUGGUGAAGAGAGACGUGGCUACAUGGACUGCACUCUUCUCCGGCUAUGCAAAGCAUGGCUUCAACAACGAGGCACUGGAGACGUUCUGGUGCAUGGCACUCGAGAGCAUGGCGCUGGACGAGAUUAUAUUCACGACAGUGCUACAAGCGUGCAGCCACCUGGGCUUGGUGGACGAAGGCCGAGACUACUUCGUGUCGAUGAGGAGAGACUUCGGAUUGGCACCAGGUGUGGAGCACUACGUUGGAAUGGUUGAUGUUCUGGGAAGAGCUGGAAGGCUGAAAGAGGCCGAGGAGCUACUGGGUGGAAUGCCGUAUGAGCCAACUCCAGUGGCAUGGACGACGAUCCUGGGUGCCUGUAAAAUCCAUUCGGACACCGAGCGGGCGAAGAGGAUGAAAGCGGACACUGGAGAGGAGGAGGAAACGGCGUGCAUGCUUAUGUCGAACAUAUACGCUGCUUCAGCCUCCAAGAACGAACUGUCACGCAGAGAAGUUUUGAACUAGGUUUUGGGUUUUAGGCGAUGGAAGUCACGAUUUUGAAUGCUAGUGGCGAUGGAGUCGGUCCUUCAUUGCUGCUGUCGC